UAACAACAUUGUUGUGGAAUGACGUCACGGCCGUAAGAUGAAGGCGCAGAGGCGGCCAUGACUACGGGCUCCGUAAUUAUUUAAUCCAAAUAAAAUACUCGCGGAAAACUUCCAUGGCACGAGCCACAAGUCAGAUCUAUGAUGUUGUACCCCUCCACUCCUCUGGUCUCUGCCCCUGUCCAUCCAUGGUAAGAGGUCAGCAGGAGACGCCUCGUCUUCACGGCAACAGCAUGGAGGGCCAGGCCCCUCCCUCUCAGCCAGCUCAGCCACGCAAGAAGAGGCCCGAAGAUUUUAAAUUUGGCAAAAUAUUGGGAGAGGGUUCCUUCUCUACGGUUGUCCUCGCAAAAGAACAUUCAACGGGGAAGGAAUAUGCAAUUAAGAUCCUGGAGAAGCGCCAUAUAAUGAAGGAGAACAAGGCGCAAUAUGUGAAGAGAGAGAGAGAUUUGAUGUCAAUCCUGGAUCACCCUUUCUUCGUCAAACUGUACUUCACUUUUCAGGAUGAGGAAAAGCUCUAUUUUGGUCUGAGCUAUGCUAAGAACGGAGAGUUGUUAAAGUACAUCCGCAAGAUUGGCUCCUUCGACGAGACCUGCACGCGAUUCUACUCAGCAGAGAUUGUCUGUGCACUUGAAUACCUGCAUCUGAAAGGCAUCAUUCACAGAGAUCUGAAGCCAGAGAACAUUUUGCUCAGCGAGGAGAUGCACAUUCAAAUCACAGACUUUGGCACAGCCAAACAGCUCCCCUCUGACAGCAGGCAGGCUCGAGCAAACUCGUUUGUUGGUACGGCUCAGUACGUCUCCCCAGAGUUACUGACUGAGAAAUCUGCCUGUAAGAGUUCUGAUCUUUGGGCGUUAGGCUGCAUUAUUUACCAGUUGGUUGCCGGAUUACCACCAUUCAGAGCGGGAAAUGAGUAUCUAAUAUUCCAGAAGAUUAUUAAAUUAGAGUACGAGUUUCCUGAGAAAUUCUUUCCCAAAGCCAAGAAUCUAGUGGAACAACUUCUGUUAUUGGAUCCUUGCAAGCGGCUUGGCUGUGAGGAGAUGGGCAGAUAUGAGCCGCUGAAAUCUCACCCUUUCUUUGAGUCAAUAAGCUGGGAUGACUUGCAUCUGCAAACCCCACCCAAGCUCACUCCCUACCUGCCUGCUAUGUCAGAGGAUGAUGAGGACUGCUAUGGGAACUAUGAUGACCUCUUAAGCCAGUUCAGCUGCAUGCAAGUGGCCCAGCCUGGCCCCACACCCUCAGUGGAUGAGUCUUCAGAGAGCGUUCUUCCUGUAUGCAACCCCGCCCCCAGCGUGGAUCAGUUCAUCCAUAUUCAUGAGUUGGACAGUAACAGCAUGGAGCUUGACCUGCAAUUCAGCGAAGAGGAAAAGCGCCUCCUGCUGGACAAACAAAGUGCUGCAAACCCUUGGCACCAGUUUGUGGAGAAUAACUUAAUCUAUAAGAUGGGCCCUGUUGACAAGCGUAAAGGUCUGUUUGCACGGCGUAGGCAGCUGCUACUGACCGAAGGCCCUCAUCUGUACUAUGUGGACCCAGUGAAUAAGGUUCUGAAGGGAGAGAUUCCUUGGUCCCCAGAACUUCGACCCGAAGCCAAGAACUUCAAAACGUUCUUUGUCCACACACCAAACCGGACCUACUAUCUGAUGGACCCGAGCGGCAAUGCUGACAAAUGGUGUAAGAAGAUCCAAGAAGUGUGGAGGAAGAUCUACCACAAACACCAGAGCCCCAGCUUAUAGGAGCCCUCCCCUACGGCCACAUCCCCAGCAGCCCUUUGACCAAUCUCAGAACAUGCACACCCCUUGUACAGUCACCUCUCUCUCUUUUGCUCUCUCUAUCUCUCCCUCUCCCUCUCCCACCCCACUUUUCACCUGAAUUUCAGUGUAAGGGGUGUGUCCCCUCUGUUUGAUUGGUCUGAAAUCUAGAGUUAAGGCGGGUCCUUUGCCCUCAUUGGCCGCAGUAGCUGGUCUAGCUGAUUCAGAAUGGAGGAUGUGGUGUUGAAUUUCUGUGGUGGGAGGUCCUGCUCCUCAAGUCGUUUGUGUUCCGAAUCAAAACUCUCUGAACAAAAAAAAAAAUUACAGGAAAGAAACUCCAUCCCAAUCAUCUCCACAUCACAGCAAUCACUGCAGAACUAUGGAUAAUGUAGUUCUAGAGGGUAAUGCAUCACCCCAGGCCCUGAGCCAAUUGCGUGACUGAUUUUCAGUUCUUUUUUUUUUUUUCCUCUCAAAUCGUCUGCAAUGGGAUAAUGACUGUACGUAUGUUUCUGAGUGGAGACAUGACCAGGUGUGUGCUAGAUGUCUGCGAUAGACUGGAGUGUGCGUGCGCGUGUGGUUCCUUCUCUCACUCUGCCGUUUUUAACAGGAAGGAGAUGGGCGCGUGUGUGUACAUGUGUUUUUGCGAGCGUGCGUGCGUGUGUGUCUCCUCUUCCUGGUUGGUAACUGAUGACUGUGAUGUAUAGUUGAUGUAAUAUUGAACUUGGAGGUGAGUAGAGCGAGGUGACUCUUGGAUCCGGGUUUUGUAUUUUUAUUCUUGUACAAGGUUAUUGGGGCUACUCUGUUCAGGCCCGGCUACUUCUGUGUUAUUUAAAUUCUAAUAUAUGAAAAUCAUAUUUGGAUUGAAGUCAUGUUCGAGGGCCUUGCUGUGUAUGUUUUGAAAUGUAAAGCCUUUGAAUGUGAAGAAUUAUUGUAAACUGAUAUUUUACAGCUUUUUUUUCUUACUAUAUCAUAUACAUUUUCUAUUUGCGCAGUGAUUGACUCAUAUUCUGAUAAUUUAAAGCCUUUGCAUUCACGGACCCCGCCCACACUUGUGCACAAGUGCGUGUGAGAGCAAGUGUGUGCGAGUGUGAGUGAGUGAGCCAGCAUGUGUGUGUGGGGGGUCUGUCCUUGUGUGGGCGCUGUGUGUAUUUUUCCCUGUCUAGCUCAAGAGCUUGACGACACCUAGAACUGAAAUAAAGCAUGUAGGGGUUUAGGCCAACAGAAA